AUGGGCCAAGGAUCAGCGCAAGGUAAAAUACCCGGCCGGCUUCCAUUGGACAGGCCAGAAGUCCGAUUCCAGGAUCUUUCCAAACUCUCAGGCAGCCGCGACGACUUUACUCGACGACUUACAACUCACCACAUCUGGAAGAUUCAACCAUUCCUCAACACCCAGGGCACCCCAUACACCGCCGCCAGCGCUGCCGCGGACUGGACGAGAUGCUUCGUCACAGAGGAACAUGCGGACCGGGACGAGAUAGCUCGCCGAUGCGCACAACUGGAGAUGAGAAUACCGGGAGGACUUUCAACCGCGCGUCGCAAGCUGACUGGCGACCAGCGUGCCCAGAUAACAAGGCUGGAGGAGGACCUUGCCCGCGACGAGCAAAGGGCCUCCCCAGGCAGGCAAAACUUCGCUUGGCACGUCGAACAGCUCGAGGUCGUCAGGCCAGCAAAUCACAUGGGCCUGUUCGAGACGGCACGGAAGAAGAGAAAGCAAGCAUGGGACGUAUCCGCAAUCCUCGUAUUUUGUACGCGCCGUCCCGCAGAUGGCGUGGAUGUGGCGGAGCUCUUUUACACGACCACCACCUCUGCACGUGGAAACGAGCUCCCAGUCUACACAAAGAUAGCCCGGCGCCAUCUUUCAUUGGAGACCCUAAAAACGUUCAACAUCUCUUUUGAAAUCGACCCACAGAACCGUCCGCCCUUCUGUGGCCGUCACCUUUUGGUGUCCCGCCAGCGUGGUCUUCUGCAGAAGCAGGUCCCCUUCAGAAUGGAUCCUAGUUACUUCAUCAUCAAACGCUGGGUACCUGAAGAGGAGCAGGAGCGGCUCUGGCAACACACCCGGACCAUUCGCGAUAGACGAGGCGUAUCCACUCCCAUGGACAUCCCCCAUCAGGACCCUGACGCGGCCCCAGCUCUCGUGAGGCAAGAGGAUGACAAUUACGGCCCGAGCGAUACCUUAUCUUCGGUCGCUUCCGUGGUGACUAACGGCGAGGUUCCCCCUAGACUAUCACGUCUUCGAAGCCGGUACGAGCCGGAGGGGGCGAUGCGGCGCCAGAUGGAACUAGAGAAGAGGGCCCGACACGAAAAAGACCUGAAGGCAAAGAUUCGACAGGAGGAGGAGGCUAAGGAGGAGGCGAUGCGGCGUGAGAGGGAAAAGAGGGCCCAACACCACAAAACCCAAGAGGAAGAGGCCCGACGCCGCAAAGAGGCCGAAGAGGAAUCCCGACGCCUCAAGGAGGCAGAGGAGUAUGCCAAGCGCCGAAACCUUUUGGAGGAGGAGGCCCGACGCCGUAAGGAAGUGCAUGAAGCCACCCGGCGCCAGCGGGAUGUGACAGAGGAGGAUGUCAAACGCCGAAGGGAUCUAGAAGCAGCCGAAAUCCGUCAGAGGUACGAGCGAGAGCAGGCCCAACGCAGAAGCGAGCUCGUGGAAGCCGAAAUGCGUGAGAGGUAUCAGAGAGAGCAGGCCGAACGCCGGAAAGACCUGGAUGGGAGAGUCACGCCUGUUCCCGCUCAGACGAGACCGAUCAUCACCCAUAACGGGUUGAGGAGUCAGAUGGCGUCGAGACCUAGCGAGUCGAGCCGAACCCCAGCAAACUUUUUGCAGACUACUAAGCCAGCGGGCCGAGGCCGCCGUAACUCCAUGAGCCGGACAGACGACUCCGACUCCACGGCCGAGGAGGACGACGACAUCGUGGCGAGGCUCCUGUCGCAGUGGACACCUGCGAGAGUGGAGGGUGCCGGCACACACGAAAACGGAAAAGCUUCCCAAGGGGCGGGCCGGGCAUCCGAUGCCGAUGUUGCUGCCGACGGCCUCCCCGAAGCACACCACGCUGAUCACCCUACCCGCAGUCGGGACCGCUCGAGGCAGCGCUAG